AUGCGCCAAACCCUUCGUCGCUCCUGUACUGCAUGCUCCAAAUCAAAACAGAGCUGUGAUCUCAAUACGCCACGAUGUGCUCGCUGCACUAGGCGCAAAUUUCAAUGCAUUUAUGCCAACGAGCCCACAAGAUCGCUGGAUGGAUCCAACAGUUUAACCAAUUACAGAUUUGAGUCUUUAGACCCUUUCGAUUCGUAUCCCCAGACGAGGCUUCCUCGGGAACAUGUGCAACGUCUUAUUCAUAGUUUUCUCCACAAGAUUGCUUUUCAAUAUUAUCCUCUCGACUUGAACGCGACCUCGAACCCGUUUAUCGUCUCUUGGUGGCCACUUGCUUUGGGAGACCCUGCACUCUUUCACGUCUCGUUACAGACAGCGUGUCUUGAUGAGGAACUGCUUGCCCAGAAGGGCUUCCAAAGCUCUGAAAUCCUCAUGGCUGACUCAGUGGCUUUACUCCGACGUAAAAUUGGGAACACGUCACUGGCUGCUCAGGAUGGAACUAUGAACUCCGUCAUCACCCUAGCCACGAUUGAAUACGGAAAGGGUAAUAAUGAGAUUGCCGAAAUGCAUAUCGACGGAGUGAAAAGACUGGUGGACAUGCGAGGUGGUAUCAACUCAGUGCGGCAAACUAGCCCCUUGACUGCGAGGAUGGUCAGCUGGUCAGUCGCUCCUUGA